AUGGCAGAAGAGUAUGCUGGGAAGAUUAGAUGUUUUCUACUCAACACAAACAAUGACCCGGAUAUUGCUGAAGACUAUGAUAUCAAGGCUGUUCUGGUGGUCUUCUUGCUUUUCAAUAACGGACAGAGGCGUGAGUCUGUUCUGCCCUGCCCGUGUCUUCGUACAGCUCACCCACCGAAGCUCUUCCAUCUUGCCCCUCGUGUCUUCAGCUCCACGCUCGUGUCUUCUUCAGUAAAUCUUCAGCUGAAGUCUUCAAGCGACACCGCACGACUGAAGCUACCACGUCGAAGUCUUCAUUCGGUUUGGUCAACAAGCGAGCGUCCCUUUCCGCGCGUCCAAGUCCACCGAUCUUCAAGUCUUCUUGUCGCCAGCAACACCAAGCGAAGCAGCACCGUCCACGAGCUGCCGUCCCAGUCAACCGCCAACCUCAACGACUCCUUCGCUGCUUCAGUUUCUCCCAUCAACGACCGAAAUUUCGGUCUCCACCGAAGGCCCAUCAACAGGCCCAGCAGCCGCGUGGAAUCAGCUGCUCUUCAGCCCAAUUCCAACAAGUCAAUUGAAGCCCAAGUCCACCAAAGUUCAGCCUGCAAAUCAAGUGAAACCCAGCCCAAGUUGGAAACAAAUCUCAGAGUUGGGCUGAGAUUUGUUGGGCCAAGUUUUAGGCCCGGUCCGGGAGUCCGCCGACGCCGCCGAAAAUUAAGGUUUCGGCCGCCGUCGCGUCGUCGUAGCGGUGAACCAGUUUCCAUAAUUAACCGGGUCGUCGAGUGGAGGACCUAGAGCUGAGAGGAGG